AUGUUUCUCUUCCACCCCGCUGGGCCAGAUGCCCCUCGCAUCCAGCAUCCUGUGCCAGAUGCCCCUCGCAUCCAGCAUCCUGUGCCAGCAGUAUGGCCCCGAGCCCUAAAAGGGGAGGAAGCAGUUGGUUUGAAAACCCAGGCCCAGGGCCCCUCCUGGGGGAACAGACUAGCUACUGCAAGGGCUUCCCCCUCAGGUGUGCCAGUGAUGGAGGCUAACUCCGAUGGGUGGGGCCUGCUCAGGAAGGACGGCAAGUGCUUUUCUGAGGGGCAGAAGUUGGUGAAGAGCAGGCUGAGGAAGAUGUGGGUGCACCAUGGAACCUCUUGCCUGGAGGCUACCCCGCCUGGGGGGACACUGGUCUCCCAGAAGCCUGUAGAGAAAGCAGGAGUGAGGAAGCUUUGGAAAUCCCCGGGCACAUUAAGUCACCGGGGCCAGGACAGGAUUCUUCUUUCAGAAGUCCUCAAGAAGCAGAAGGCACUAACAAUGGCUAAAGCACAGGAUUUCAUGGAAACAGCUCCUUCUUUAGACCUGGGCAAGAAGGUGAGUGUUCCUCAGGACCUCAUGGUGGAAGAGCUGUCUCUCCGUUCUAACAGAGGUUCCCUUCUGUUCCAAAAGAGACAGAGGAGAGUGCAGAGGUUUACCUUUGAAUAUGCAACCAAGCACACCCAGAGCUCAAUCUCAGAAGGUAGAGGAAGCGAUCUGGGAACCAUGUUGUCAGCAGGACCACCAGCAGAGGUGGCUACCGCCAAUGGCCCAGAUGGGAAGGAGAACUACAGGACAGAGAUACAAAUUUACCCUAUCCCACCUCCUGGGUCUGAGAGAAACAGUCAGGAACUACCCCCAGAACGGGCUCCUAGUCCCAGUGCCCUGGCCUCGGGUUAUUCCAAGCCCCUGACAGGCAUCUCACCAGAAAAGUUCAAUCACACAGCCAUCCCCAAGGGUUACCGGUCCCCAUGGCAAGAGUUCAUUGGCUAUAAAGAUGGAUUCAAGGACUAUCAGGAGGACCAACUAAACCACACACCGUGUCCCUCAGACUACAGGAAUUUCAACAAGACACCAGUGCCAUUUGGAGGACCUCUCAUCUCUGAGACAUUCCCCAAAACGGAUACACUCUUCAUCCCAAAAGAACACAUAAGUGGCCUGGAUCUCCUCAGCUACAGACCUAGUUUCAACAGAGUAGCCCAAGGCUGGGUGCGGUCCCUUCUGGAGUCUGAGGAAUUAUAACUUGAUCUUAAUUCUCAUAUUCCCACUGCUUUGCUUUAUUAGCCUGUUGGUAGGCACAGAGUUAUGUACUAAUACUGGUUACACAUAUCAAUAGUUCUGCCAUGGGUCAUAUUCUGAAUUCAGAAUAAGUGAAAUCUGAAAUCUACAUCUGAAUAUGAGAGGAAUCAGUAUACUCUGGGUGCUAACCUACUCUCUAAAUGAGGUUUCUCAAGGGCUCUAAACAAACUAGAAAAAUGAGAGAAAGAGUCUAAAUAUAACAGGACUAAUCAAUGACAGUCCAAAGCCUUUGCUU